AUGCAGGAUCUUCAAGCAGCCUUCUGCACAUUCCACAUCCCACCCGGACAAUUAGGGCCUCCUCUCCCGAUGCCUCACACCAACGCACGACCACGCCGCAACUCAUACAGCGCAAAUGUCAACGCUAGCUUACCAACUCCCUCCAGGCCCAGCCGGUCGCCCAGACACCCCGCAUACGAGUGUUUGAGGGAGUGCAUGUCGUUUUGGGAGCAGAGGAUCGUUUGGGGGGAUCACGAUGCGUUUCACAAUGAUCAACGCACAGGGAUUUUUCCCCGCGUCAUUGACAUCCUCGACUAUCUGACGAGAACCGCACUCGAGCCCAUUUGGGCUUGGCCGCGAGGCGGAAUAUCUGAGCUCGAAAAAACGACGUCAGGCGGGAAAGACCUUGCAACCCUCCUCACUCCAUUGUCUAAGAAACGACAUCAGGUGCUCUGUCUCGGCUCCUGUGUUCGAUGGCCAACGAUAAUGACAUGCAAAAUCGUCUGCGCAAAGAACUCUUUGAUACUCACGCUACCAAGGGCAAUGAAGGGUUUAACAAUAAUGAAUCAAAUGAACUCCCUCUCCUGGAUGCGUAAGUCGUUGGUCUAUUCAACCAUCGAAAGUAGCCUUUCUGAAUAUUACGCACGUCGCUUCAGGACGAUUGAAUAUUGCCUCAUCCCUCUCCAUUUCCCCAUCCACGACUCCAAGACUGUUGUAGAAACCAAGGAGCUCCUGAUCACAAAAGGGACCUCGCUGUAUGUUGGCUUGGGCGUCGCCAAUCGAUCUGCUGCGAUUUGGGGGCCUGACGCCAGUGAACUGUGGCUCGGGAAAGCAGGUUUGGAUGGUACCGCGAACAAGCUUGCCCAACUGGUGUUGUCCGUCAUCCUGCCCCACUUCUCGUUUGAAGCGGUUACCGAAGAAAUUGAAUGGCGGCUUCGUAUCACAGUCAUGCCUUAUGCCAAGGGUAAAUCAAACCGGCAACAACAGCGACUGGAAGAGGGUAGUGCGGACUUGCCAGUCAUUGAAGCACUUGACGUUGACAAGCGAUUCUGGAAUGAUACAAUUGCCAACAAGCUAGAAGCUCUAGAACUUGAAGAAGAACGAAUACCAGCUAAAGGCUUCUUCGACUCCCAAGAAGACAUGCUCAACUUGGACGAUGAACGCGAAGCAGCUGCAGCCAGCAUCACGCUCUCAUAA